AUGGAUUUAAUUAAAACUGCUCAAGAUAUGGCUAAAACUACAAACUCUGAAAUGCCAAAUGCAGUUUUAAUGUUUCAAUUGCUAAUAGCAGUUUUCAAAGAGGAAGAGCGAUUUCUAUUGACAGUAAUUCCUAUCGAAACCACUGAUGAUGUAACAAAGAUGCUGGCACCAACAGUGUAUCCAACUGUUAUGAUCAGAGGAACGUCCAUUUUUGAUCCCAAUGCUCAGGUUGUAGUUGUUAUCGAGAACAGCGUUCUUAUCACAGUUUUAGAUGUUGUGGAAGGCAUUGAAGUUGCCUUUUCAGCAUACUACGUAUUUGGUUAUUCGUAUGUUCCGAAAUUACCAAAGUCAUUAGAGUUUAUUCAAAGGUUCAUAUUCGAUCUUAAUCCAGUUGCUCAGGGUGACAAACGCGCCAAAGGCGCUAAAAGAAGAUUGAAAACAUUUGACGUGAAAGUAAAAAAUCUUAUGUCAGCUCUUCAAAAAAUUACUGAGCCUCUUUGA